AUGGACUCGUACUCAAUAACAAACGUAAAAUACCUGGAUCCGACUGAAUUGCAUCGUUGGAUGCAAGAAGGACACACUACUACGCUGAGGGAGCCUUUCCAGGUAGUGGAUGUGCGAGGCUCAGAUUAUAUGGGGGGCCAUAUCAAGGACGGAUGGCACUACGCCUAUUCGCGCCUUAAGCAGGAUCCGGAGUACUUACGUGAGCUAAAGCACAGAUUGUUGGAAAAGCAAGCGGACGGCCGCGGAGCGCUGAACGUGAUUUUCCAUUGUAUGUUAUCGCAGCAGCGCGGACCGUCUGCAGCGAUGCUGCUGCUUCGGUCGCUUGACACGGCGGAACUUUCUCGCUGUCGUCUAUGGGUGUUGCGUGGGGGGUUCUCGCGCUGGCAAUCCGUAUACGGUGACGACGAGAGCGUUACGGCGGGUUACCUACCCGAUCUGUGGCGUUGA